AUGAAACCGACCAAGAAACGUCGCAUACUAAGCUGUGAACCUUGCCGGGCCCGAAAAGCGCGCUGUACCCGUGAUGGUCGUCCCUGUAAGCAAUGCAGGGACCGUGAUAUUAGUGCAAGUGACUGCAUUUAUCUGGGACAAGCACGGAAAGAUACCAUCCACACGGAGCUCCUCGCCAAGAUCCAAAGAUUAGAGUCUUGUCUCUGGGAACGGACGGGCACUCAAUUAAGCAACGUCAGUGACAGAACUAUCCCAUCUCUAAGUACACUCAUGGCCUCUGGGGGUUUCCCUGAGGCCACGGUAAAUGAGUACCUUGGUGAUUCAACACUAGACAAUGCAGGGUCGCUGCAAAAAUCAUCGACGGGUUCUGUGCGUUAUUUUUCACCAGCCUCAUGGGAGUCAAUUGUUGCGAAUAGCCCUGCUGCAGAGUGGUUGCAGAGCUUUGGCCUUGAUACCGCCGGCGAGGAUGAUCCACAGAUCCCGCUGGUGUCGAAUGCAGAUAUCUCGCACGCGGAGCUCUUGGGACUGCUCCCUCCAAAGCCGUAUUGCGAUUCACUCACGAAGACAUAUUUUCAGAAUAUCACACCCACCUUCGAGGCCGAAUAUCAGCAAUUUUGCUAUGACCCCGGUCGUAUGCCAAUGUCUUGGCUAGCUUUACUGUUUGCUAUACUAGCAAUUUCAAUCAGCGCCUUGAAUGAUGACAACCCUCUUCUUUUCGAUCUGGGCCGCGAACGCACGGUGGGAAGGAAUAUCAAGAUACUCUUUACGCGUUACCGGUCCGCUGCACUUCGCUGUCUUGCUCUAGACAAUGUUAUGAGCCGGCAUUCCAUGACCUCCCUCCAGGCGCUAGUUCUAAUCAUCUAUGCCUGUUUGAACCGCGCCCUCCCGUGCUGGACACUGCUAGGGCUCACUCACCAUGUUGCUAUCUCAAUGGCCUGCCACAUCGACCCAGAACGGUUCAACCUCGGCAUAGUCGAAUGCGAAGAGCGCCGCCGCGUUUGGGCUGGACUCAUGAUACUCUACACCCUUCAGAAUACUUUGUUCGGUAACCUGAACCAGCAAAUUACAACACAAGAAGUGAAGUUGCCCGCCGAAGUUGAUGAUGUUGACAUUUUAACGGGCAUAAACACUCACCUCCUCUCUGAUAAGUGUUCCUCGCCCUACACCGCCCACUUGACCCAGAUGACAUAUAUGUGCCUCGCCUGCCACUUGCACCGAACAGCAAAUCUUGUUUCCGAGUAUAUAUCUUCUUACACGUCUCCACGGUCCCUUACCUCCACGCUUGAGGCUGAGAUCAACGCUCUCCGUGAGCGCUGCGAUGCCCGCUACACCCAAGACCGCUCCCAAGAACCUUCACCUACCUACCAUUUCGCCAAUAAGAAUAUUCUUCAUGCCCAGAUUCAACAGCAACUCCUACUGCUGCAUCGACCGGCUCUUAUUCGAUUUCUACGUGGCGAGAUUAACCCGGAGACCCGUGCAGCUCGUGAAAAGUGUAUUGCCUCGGCGAAUGAGGCCCUGUCUUUGUUUGGUGAUCUCCUAGAGGAUCCCCAGUGCAUUCCUUACAGAUGGUACAUGAGCGGUUUAGGCAGCUUCUACGCUUUCCAUGCCGUUGUUGUUUUGGCCGUUCUGUUGUACCACUCGGAGAGCACCGCAGAGUUGGAGAGUACUAAGGAGGCCAUCAGCAAAGGUUUAAAUAAAUUCACGUCACUGUCAGGGCGAAGUAUUUUCUGCAGCAAGGCUAUUCCCACUAUGCGCCAGUUCAUCAACCUUGCACCAGCUUCCUUGACCCAUCUACGACACGAAGAACAACAGAGCCAACAAAGUCCAAAGCUCCAGUCCCAGGUUCCGCUUCAGAACCGGGAGUUCACGUUCGUAUCACACUGCGCGCCUUGCGUUCCGAUGGCAAAUAGCUCUAUGGUGAACUCUAUGAUGAACCCGCAGUACGAAUUCUUCAUGCCCACUGUCUUAUCCUCCAUGAGCAGCCUCAGUACGAACUCCAAUUUUGAACUUCAACUGCACGAGCAGAAUUUGCCGAAUGAAGUGAACCAAACUAUGUACUUCCACUAA